UUCCAUCUCGGCCUAUAAAAGAUGGGCCGGCUUAGACAGUCUCACUGGAUACUCGCUCUAGCACGAUGCUCAUGUAUUUGACCUUGGUGUGUGUGGCGCUUGCAGCCGGCGCAUGUGCGCGCAAUGUGAAUGAGUGGGAUGUUCAGCCCAAACUAACAGGUGAAGAGUUUUCAGUUCUUCAAGAAGAAUUCAACGUAUUGAAGGAACUCAUUGAAACACAGGGGCAAGAAAGCAACGAGCUCAAAACGAUCGGCUUGACAGGUGGUCUCCAGCUUGGACCGAUCGCCUUCAGUGCUAAGCUGGACCAUACUGUCUCCCAUAUUGGCAUCGGACAGAAGCUGAUAUUCAAUGACGUGACGACUAACGCUGGAAGUGCUUACAACGUGCACGCUGGUGUAUUCACUUGUCCGCGAGCUGGACUCUAUCUAUUUUCGUACUUUAUUGGCAAGGGAACAACGGGCCAGGCAUGGUUUAGACUGAUGAAGAACGGAAUUGUCAUAAACGGUGCCGUCGCGGAUUCUGUCAGUAAAUAUCACGAUACCCAAGGCGGAAAUGUUGCAGUUCUGGAUCUGAAAAUCGGGGAUUCCGUCUAUGUUGAGUCGUUUCAUCAAAAGUCCGCCCAAGUCUACGGCGACAGUGGCUUCGUCACAUUUUCGGGUGUUUUGUUAUAGACAUUCGUUAUAUGAUUUAUCACGAUAUAAAAGCAUAGUCAACUUUUGAAAGUCUAUCUUCAUUGCAUGUGUUUGUGUCAUGACGUUUUAUAAUCGCCAUUACCAAUUUACAAUAUCAGACUCCUCUUCUCUUGUAUCACGCUUCACGAUAUAAAGGUAUAGUAUACGUGUGAAAAUAUUCUCUCUUUAUUAUCUGUGUUUGUAUGUAUAUUUGGUAUGUACUUGAAAGAACGUUCCAGAGAAGCGACUCAUAACGAGUAAAUGAUUUCGUCACACAAGAAAACAAAUGAACGUAAAACAUUGAUAAAUCAAGAUAAUGAUGUCUGAUCAGGAGUUUGUCAAUUUUAAAAGUCUAUCACAGUCUUUUUGUAUUAUGUAAUUUCUUUUUCGAGUUUGUCUCAAAAACAGUUGCCGAAUUAAAAACGAGUUUGUUCUCACACAAAUCGGUUAAGCAGAACACCAGCAAAUAAAAACUUUAAUUGUUUUGAAAGACUCUUGGUUUUGUGGAACAAACUCAUUUUUUGUGAUCGCCUUUGCCAUUUUAUAUUAUAAAGCUGUCGUUCUGUUGUAUGAUGCUUCAUGAUAUAAACGCAUAAUCUACGUGUCGAAA